AUGCGGGGGGCGAAGCUGGAGCCCGACGUCAUCAGCUACAAUGCUGGGAUUAGCGCGUGCGGGAAAGGAGAGCAGUGGCAACGGGCGCUGGUGCUGCUGAGCGAGAUGUGGGAGGCGAUGGUGGAGACCAACGUCAUCAAAUGGCUACAGCGCUGGGAUCAGCGCGUGCGAGACGGGCGAGCAGUGGCAGCGGGGGCUGGCGCUGCUGAGCAAGAUGCGGGAGGCGAAGUUGGAGCCCAACUCAGUUACAACGCUGGCAUCAGCGCGUGCGAGAAGGGCGAGCAGUGGCAGCGAGCCCUGGUGCUGCUGGGCGAGAUGCGGGGGGGGAAGCUGGAGCCAGAC